UUAAGCUCAACGCCUGGUAGAGGAUGAUGCGUGAAGUCAAGGUUUGGUCGGCGCUAGAUCAUCCGAACGUGGUGGCAUUCCAUGGGUGGAUCAUGGAAUGUAUGCAGGAGCGCGAUGUAACACGUGUGAAACUGGUAUCCGCUUGGUGUCCAAGAGGGAAUGUAUCACAGUACUUGCGCCAGGAGCCGAGUGCCGGCCGUUGUCGACUGGGAGGUUCAUGUCGUCUCCGUAUGCUGCAAACCGUCCUCAGAUCAUUGACGUGUCAGAAGGCAUAAUGUGUCUUCGUUUAAGGAACAUAGUGCAUGGUGAUUUCAAGCCUGUAGGCUUUCUUUUCGUCUCUCUCGACGUUGUCAUUGGCGGCGAGGGCAAUGCUAUGAUUUGCGACUUCGGACUAUUUUCCAUUAUUUUGGAUCUCUCUACGUACGCUGAAGGGUCGGGCACCAUCAGUACUAUGUGGUUUACAUCACCCCGGGUGCUCGACGGUCGCGUAUCAACUCGCGACAAAGGGAAUGAUGUCUGGGCCAGCUGUACAUCUGGGCAGAUACUUUUUGACACGAGGCCAUACCAUGCAUGCGGGACCGACCAUAUAGUUCUGCGCGCCGCACGUAAUGAACCUCCUCAUGAAUAGAACGCCCUGAUUGCCAUCAUUGGAGAGUGCCUCAGGCACGAUC